GGCUCUGGUUCCAGACUUUAUAUGUUAGACAUGCCUGAAUCUCCCUAUAUCCUAUUGGCUAGAGGGUUUGGCUGGGCCACCCCCCCAGCCAAUGGAGGUGCAGUGUCACAGGAGGAGGGGAGCGGUGGUCCUGUUGGCCAAUGGCUGUACGCCUUUCUGAGCUCUCUAGGGCCCUCCCCCCACCGUCCAAAUUGCCUCAUAUCUUCCUGAUGCAUGUCCCGCCCCUAGUCCGGCACUGGCUGGUUCUGUCAGCCCCACCCCUGAGCCCAUAUCGCCUCAGCAACUGCCGCAGCCAAUCAGCAGCUGCCCUGGCUCAAGCUCCCAGGCUCGGUCUCGGGCCCACGUUCCAUUGGCCGCCAAGGAGUGACAGGCUAAAUUAGAUGCUUGGCUGCCUCUCAUCGCCAUUGGCUACCGUGGCCUCACGUUGCCGCCCACACAUGCUGCUAUUAGUCAGGGGCCCAGGAUUUCGAGCCUACACGGUUCAGUUGCCUCCUAGGGUUCGGCUGUGGAGUGCUGGUAAAGCUCCGCUCCCUCCAGUCCAUGGCACCAGAGGUCUCACUCCCGCCACACCCCUACUGGCCACAGGGACUGACAGUGCCGGGCUUUUUGCCCAAUGAGCGUCCAGCCUGGCAUAGCGUCGCAUUCAUCUUUGGGGCUGCCGGCUCCCUAGCAGCCCUCACGUGGCUGGUCAGCGGCAGGGCCCGCAGCCCACAGGAGGGGCCUUGGCGGCGCCUGGCACUCUGCUGGUUCACCGUCUGCGCCUUCAUCCAUCUGGUGGUCGAGGGCUGGUUCAGCUUCUUCCACACCAGCCUGCCAGGGGACCAGGCCUUCCUCUCCCAGCUCUGGAAGGAGUAUGCUAAGGGCGACAGCAGAUAUGUCAUUGGGGAUGACUUUACAGUGUGUGUGGAGACAGUGACAGCUGUGGCCUGGGGCCCACUCAGCCUGGCCACGCUGGAGGCCUUCCUGCAGCACCGGCCUGGUCGCUUCCUGCUACAGCUUGUCGUCUCCAUGGGCCAGCUGUAUGGGGUUGUGUUGUACUUCCUGACGGAGCUGCGGGCAGGGCUGGCCCACACGCCUGCAGGGCACCCUCUGUACUUCUGGUUCUACUUUGUCUUCCUCAAUGGGCUGUGGAUUGUGGUGCCUGCAGCCCUGAUCCACGAUGCCUGGCGCCAUCUCUGCACUGCGCAGCGUGCCCUUGACACCCCCGUGGGCAAGGCCUGCUGAUGGAGGAUGGGCUCAGAUACCUAGGUUCCUCCUGCAGAUGGGGUGGGGGGAGCCUAGACACCUGGUCUCCAUCCCUAGAUCAGGAGGGGGAGCCCAGCUGUGUGAGUACUUUCUGCAAAUAUAGGGACAGAAAUCUUAUAAUGUUUGGAUUUCUAAAAAUAGCAGGGGGCGGAGCCUGGACAACUGGGUUCCUUCUCUGCAUCCAACAGGGGGAGUUAAGAUUUCCCGAGUUCUUUCCCCAGAUAGGACAGGGACACUGUCUAGACACCUGGAUUUGAUUCCCAGAUCAGGAUGGGUAAGCUAGGACAGCUGGAUUUCUGCUUAGGAAGGGAGGGGGGGCUGAACAUCUGGUUCCAACCCUAGAGCAGUAAGGAGGAGCCAGAUGUCUGGGUUCUUUUCCCACACUGGGAGGGAGUAAACCAGGAAGCCUGGCUUCUCUCCUCAGAUCAGGCUGGGGCAGGGGGACCACACUAAGGUGCCUAGGUUCCAUCCUCAGAUAGGGAAGGAAGAGCUAGGAUGGUAUGGGUUCUUUUCCUACACCUGGUGUGGGGGGAGCCAGACACCUGUGUUCUAUUUCCUGCUCAGGGUUAGGGGGAGAGGCCACCAAACUUUUAGCCACAGCUCUUUGAUUUCAAGGGGUGACUCCUGGGUUCUCUGCAGCUCUGGGACCAUCUGGGUUAGAGUGGUGUGAGGGGGGAGGUUUAUUUUGAAUAAAGGUGUUUUCUAGCCUCA